AUGGCUCAACCGACAGACCAGAUCGCUGACCAGGUUGGCCAACUCAACUCGGCCCGUAACCUUGUCCUCGGCGACGCGGCGCUCUACCCACAAAUCCUCAACGGCAUCCUCCCCAUUGUCGGGGCCAAUGCGAGAAUAGAAUUGCGGAGGUGGGGUGCAGAUUUCCUAGCAGAGACCUUUUCAAGCCCUAUGUUAGGAGCCGCACAGAAGGAACAGCUUGCGACAGGUGUCUUGCAGACCAUCCAAGAGACGUUGGAGCUGCCGGAGACGGACGUAGCGGUCCUCCAGAGCUUGGUGCAGACCGCAGCUAGCUUGUACACGGUGAUUUUUCGUUAUAUUGUCAACCACCCCGAGGAUGGCCAAACGUGGGAAAGAAUGACCGCUAUCAAGCAGGAGAUCCUCCGAAAAAUGGAUUCCUUCCCAUGUCCCGUCAAAAUUUGCUGUGUCAAGUUUCUACAGCGUGUAGUUCAAGUUCAGACGCCUGGCCCGAUUGCUGAUCCUCGGCGACCGGACCAGAAUGAGACAUCAUUAGCCAUUGUCCCCCGAAAUCAUGCCGUCCUUGCUAUCCCCCACCUCGAGGCCGAAUCGUCUGGUCUCCUUGAUCGACUACUUGGCGUUUUCCAAGAAGAGACGAGCGACCCCCUAAUUGUGAACGCAACUCUCAACUGUCUCGCGCCUCUCAUCCGCACUCGCCAGACGAUUGCCAAUAAGAUUAUUUAUACCAUUCUCGACUUCUACCCCGCGAAACAUGUCCGCCCCCCAUUCACACCAACCGCUCGCGUCAAUGUCAAGUCGAUGGAGCGCACGGCUCGGGCCUUGCUGGUGAAUGUGAUGAAGAAGAAUCCCAACCAUCCGCUGGUAGGCAAAAUGCAGAUGUACAUUGAGCGCCUGGUGCAGUCUCGGCUGGAGCCUGUUGAGGAUGCUUCUCGUAAACGUGGACUUCCCAGCGAGCCAAUAGAUGGCUUAGACAACGCCAAACGCGUCCGUCUUGAUGCAAUGACUCCUCCGUUGCUCAAAAUCCCCCCUCUCCCACCGGGCCCGCAUAGUUAUGAUCAACUAUUUACCCUAACCCAAGAUGUUGGGCUUUCCUCCUUUGAUGUGAAGCAGCUCCCUCCAGACCUGGUGGUCAAGAUUGCUGUGCCCCUUUUGGCGCAAGUCAAUUCAUCCCUACUCACGCAAGCUGUGGAUGCUAUUCGAACUCGAUAUCAAAGUAUAACUAAGGAACAAAACCUCAAGCGGCAGCAGCAACAUCUGCAGCAAUUUCAACAGGCUGCUCCUGAUGAUGAUGACGAUUAUGAACCCGAGUAUCAGCCUAUGGAUAUGGCUGAAAAUGCAUCCGAAGAGGCUGCUGCGGUUGCGACCGAUGAAGAUUUUCAGCCAGACUUGGUGUCCCUAGGACCAUUUGUUCUGCCUCAACCGCCCCCAUUGACCGAACAGGAGGCAGGAGAGGUGGGCCGUAGUGCUGUGGCACGAGUGUUUGGCAUGAUCAAUGCUACUGAAACCACAACAGCACCAGCGACGAGUAAAAGCCAACAGCCAGGUUUUGCGCGCCUGGCUGGAAGCACCUUCGACCGGGAUGCAUGGGUUGUUUUGCUCACCCGACUUGCCACUCGAGCUCCAGCCGGCCUGGAGGGAAGUGAGAAGGGCAAACAUUCUCAGAGACAAACCACGAUUUCAGAUUCAAUCCGGGAAACGCUGUAUCGUUAUAUUCUGGAGGACUUCCGCGCUCGACUUAAUAUCGGCAUCAUCUGGCUCAAUGAAGAGUGGUACAAUGACCGGGUUCAGAUGAAAGUGGCCGCUUCUGAGCGCGAGGAAGGCGAAGAGGACGACUUUACUGUCGCUCUUCAUUAUGAUACCUGGGUGCUCCGUCUACUGGAUGGCUUCCUACCAUACAUCGACUCUCGUGACAUCAAGGUGCUUGUACGUUUCCUCAGUGAGAUCCCAGAAGUUACCAUCUCUAUCACCCAGCGGAUAGCCAGUCUGGCCAAAGAUCCCGAGCGUGUGAAUCUCUGCGUGCAGGCGUUGAUGUAUCUGAUCAUGUUCCGGCCCCCGGCCCGAGAAAUGUGCUUGAACACACUAGAGGAUGUGUACCAAACUUACGAGGAAUCUCGACCAGCAGCAGGCAAAGUCCUGGCCAAAUGGCGACCCCAGCAGACGCAGACUCAACCGACUGAGGCUUCUACCAACGGCGAUGGAGAGCAAAUGCCAGCUGCCCCGCAACCAGAGGCAGCAGCCAGCGCCGUGGCAGAGUAA